AUGAACACUUCAACAACAACAACUUCAAUGCCAACUACAACGACAACUGGAAGAACUACUCAGCAGCUUGUAAUUCCCAAUAUUCCAGUUGAUGCCCGAUGGGCACAGAAUGGAGCGACUGUUGCUGGAGGCCAUGGAAAAGGCAAUGCCACCAAUCAACUCAACAAUCCUUAUGGUCUCUUCGUUGAUGAUGAUCAAACAAUGGUCAUUGCUGACACACACAAUGAUCGUAUCAUCCAAUGGAAGAUGGGUGAUACGAAUGGACAAGUAGUAGCUGGUGGCAAUGGUGAAGGAAAACGACUGGAUCAAUUAUAUCGACCAACCGAUGUUUUGAUCGACAAAGAGACUGAUAGUCUCAUUAUUUGUGAUCAUGGAAAUCGUCGAGUCGUACGAUGGUCUCGUCGUAGUGGUACAACUCAAGGAGAAAUCCUCAUCGACAACAUCGUUUGUUUUGGAUUGGCCAUGGAUGAUCAGAGAUAUCUCUAUAUCUCUGACACCGGAAAACAUGAAGUAAGACGAUGUCAAAUAGGAGACAAGAAUGGAAUUAUCGUGGCUGGAAGCAAUGGCAACGGUACUGAUCUCAGUCAACUCAACUUUCCGAUCUCCAUCUUUGUCGAUCAACAACAGACUGUCUAUGUGUCAGACUGGAACAAUCAUCGUGUGAUGAAAUGGAAUAAAGGUGCAAAAGAAGGAAUUGUCGUCGCUGGAG